UGUCGGGGCGUUCGCCGGGUCUUAUUUUCGCGUUUGCUCCUUUCCUCUCCGGGAGGCGCGAGCCGUUGGCGUCCGAGGCUCCUCCGAGACGCGCCCUGGGCGGAGGAAGACGCCGGCGGCCCCAGAGGCGCCUCCGAGGCCACGCCGGGGGCGGGAGCUGCGCGCCCAUUUUGGCGGAUGCUAAAAUAAGCAGGUGCAAGAUGGCGGGUGUUGGGGACGCAAGGGAGCGGGAGAGCGCCUCGCCCUCGCCCGUCCAGGCGCCCGAGAACCACGACGAGACGAAAGACAGGGCGGCCCUGGAGGAAGAGUUGCAAAACAUACAGAAUAUCAUCCAUCUGACGAAGGAGUACAUCGACGACCUCAACUCUCGCUUUGCCGGUUUCCAGCACCCCCCAUCUUUAUAUCUCACGGAGUACACAGAGCUAACUGGAAAGUUGCACAGAUUUGAGGCCAAGGAGCAAGAAAUACUAGAGCAGUUGACACUUGCAACUGGGCAGACUGCGCAGACUAAUGGCUGUCACGAAGACUUACCUGAGGGGCAGACGGCAGCCUCUGCCGAGGAGGUGGAGCCAGGCUAUCCCCCCAUGACACAAGCUUCCAGUAGUAAUGGUGUAUGUGAAGAAGUGGCACGUUCCACGCCACAGUCUCCCCUUCGAUCGGUUGUACGGGCGCAUUUGCCCAACCAGCAACGUACUACAGUACAAGUGCAGCCAGGACGUACUUUAAAAGAAGCAUUAGCAAAGGCUCUUAACUUCCGCAAACUUUCCCACGAUGUCUGCAUUGUGUACAGAAAAAACAAUCCUAAGGUGCGCAUGUCUUGGGACUCAGAUAUCGCAGCGUUAGAAGGAGAGGAAAUUGUUGUGGAGGUUCUAGAAAAGUUUCCUGUAACAACAUCCAUCUCCCACAAUUUUAAUAGAAGAACAUUCUUUUCUUUGGCAUUCUGUGAUAACUGUCGACGACUUCUAUUCCACGGGUUUGUAUGCCGUACAUGUGGCUAUCGCUUUCAUCAACGCUGCUCUGUUGGAGUUCCAACGCUGUGUCAGCAGGAUCAGCGUAUUACAAAUAAUAUCUACCAGCAUUUAUUAGCGUCGUAUCAAGAUAACCCAGCAGGAAUCCUGACCACAACAGUGUAUGGAGGUCCCCACGGAGCCCAGUCUUCGCUAUUAGGUCCCUAUGCCGGCCAUUAUCCUGGUGGCUAUGGCGGCCACUACAUGGACAGUUACAGGAAUCAGUAUCCUGGCCAAUAUUCCAGCGGCGGCAGCGAAGGGCAGGUCCCACCCCCCCUGCCCCGACCUGCCCCCGCCCCCCUGGCCCCGAGGGACCGGUCCUCCUCGGCUCCCAACGUGUGCAUCAAUCUGGUCAACCCUUCCAGCCAGUCAGAUGCCGGUGCCUCGUUGGCGGAGUUUGCACAAAGGAUUGGCAAGAAUUACAAUCCUACAAGUCCAGGGGUCCACUUCUUUGGGUCCUCAACGUUGUACCUCCAUGAUAGUGGGGGGGGGACUUGGAGCCCCCCCACACACAUGUCCCACAUCAUGAUGCCCUCCCCAGGGUAUACAGGAGGCGGGGGGAUCCUAGCCCCGCCUCCCUCGACCAGCCCCACCAGCAGCCCCACGCGCCCUGUCCAAGGCUCUCACUCUGCCCAGGCCUCCCCCACCAACACUCUCAAAACUGUGCGACCCAGAGCUAGAUCAGCUGAUGAAUCUGUUUCAGGCAAGAAGGUUAGUAACCAGUUAGUCAGACAGUCGUCAAAAGACACAGUGGAGGACUGGGAGAUACCAGUAGAUGAAAUCCUGAUUGGUCAUCGCAUCGGGUCUGGCUCAUUUGGGACUGUGUAUCGAGGUCACUGGCAUGGCCCGGUCGCAGUCAAAACAUUAAAUGUCCGUGAUCCGACACCAGCACAGUACUCAGCCUUCAAGAAUGAAGUUUCGGUACUCAAGAAAACAAGACACGUUAAUAUAUUGCUGUUUAUGGGGUGUGUGAAGACACAGCAACUGGCCAUUGUGACACAGUGGUGUGAAGGCUCUAGCCUUUACAAGCACCUUCAUGUACAGGAAAACAAAUUUGAACUUAUGAGAAUUAUAGACAUUGCCAGGCAAACGUCACAAGGCAUGGAUUACCUCCAUGCAAAGAAUAUUAUUCAUAGAGAUCUUAAAUCCAAUAAUAUAUUCUUGCAUGAUGAUUACACAGUCAAGAUUGGUGAUUUUGGUCUGGCUACAGUCAAGGUAAUUAUAUAGUACAUUUUUCAUUUUCUUUCGACAUAAAUUGUCAAGGUAAGGUAUUUAGUUCUGGUGGAAUGAGUGAGUGUCUUGCCAUUCACAGUGCAUGGUGGUGGCGUACAGACCGCAAGUGUGUUGUGAGUCUGUAGAGCCAGAAAUGUGAAUCUGGAAUCUGUAUCUGUAUCUUCUAGAAAAUAUGAUAUAUAUCAAAGUUUCUUGGAUUCAGGUACUAUAGUUACAGCAAUUGGGGCUGGAAUGGGUCCACCUUCCAUACAAGCCAUACACGCCUACCAACAGGAGCUGUUCCCUUUAGCUCUCCUCCGUCCCCAGUCUACUUUUCCUACCACCACUGCUGCUCUCCUCGUAGACACUGCAGCCACAACAUGAAAGGCAUUAAAAGUUAAAGAAAAAAAAAAAAGGUGGAAUGACUAAUAUACUUGAUGCUGUUUUUUCCUAUUUGUAUCUAUUCUAAUUGUUUGUAAAAAUGGCAGUAAUGUUGCAGGCUGGAGAAUAGGGAGAUGAGUACAUUGCUGUAAAUGAAUAUAUCCAUGAACCUUGUUUGAGAAGCUCCUAAGGAAUUCUGCCCUGGUAUUGAUUGAUACUCAAUUCAUUUUUCUCUUGUGCAUCUUUAUA